GUGACACUAAACGGUCAAAACGGCUGAGUUGGUUCACAUCAAAAUGAUAAGUUUGGAUGAUUUUGAGAAGUAUGCGAGAGACAAUCUGCCUAGAAGUGUCUUUAAUCAUGUCAGUAGCGGUGCAGAUGAUCAACAGACCCUCCAGGACAAUCGGAAUGCCUUCAAAAGAAUUCGCAUCCGUCCCCGGGUAUUGAGAGAUGUUUCCAAGAGAGAUCUAUCAGCAACUAUUCUCGGCAAGCAUGUACCAUUUCCAAUUGGUAUUUGCCCAUCAGCCAUUCAGAAACAUAAUGGCAGUGAUGGGGAGACGGCCACAGCAAGAGCUGCAUCCUCAAUGGGCUCCAUAAUGAUUCUCAGCACCUAUUCCACUACUAGCCUCGAAGAAGUUGCAAAUGCAGCACCAACCGGCCAUCUUUGGUUUCAACUUUACAUCCUUAAAGAUCGGGAAAUGACAGCAAGGCUUGUACGCAGAGCCGAGAAGGCUGGAUAUAAAGCCAUUGUAGUUACAGCUGACGCUCCAUAUGCUGGCAGGAAAUUAAAUGACGAGCGAUCUGGUGGAUUUAACCCCACAGUCAGAUGUCCCAACGUAGAAAGUAGUUCUGUUCAAUCUUCGUACGGCUCAUCACAACUCUCAGCAUCAGUUACUUGGUCUGAUAUUAGAUGGAUUCGAAGUCUCUCAAGUCUACCAGUCAUAAUCAAAGGAAUCAUGUCAGGAGAUAGUGCAAGAGAAGCAGUGGCGGCUGGAGUGGAUGGGAUAAUAGUGUCAAAUCAUGGUGGAAGACAAUUAGAUGGUGUUCUAGCAAGUAUUGAUAUACUACCAGAAGUCAUUGCUGUAACCCAAGGCACUAAUGUAGAAGUAUACUUAGACGGUGGAGUCCGUCUUGGGACUGACGUCUUGAAGGCAUUAGCUCUAGGAGCCAAGGCAGUGUUCAUUGGAAGACCUGUAUGGUGGGGUCUAACCUACAAAGGUGAGGAAGGAGUGAGGCAAGUACUUGAGCUUCUCCGAGAUGAAUUGAGUCUGGCCAUGGCCCUUUCAGGUUGUGCAUCAUUGAAUGAUUUGAGUCCAUCUAUGCUGACUAGAGGCCCUCCCAGUAAUCUGUAACCAAUUAACCUUCAGACCCUUUCCUAUAAUCAGAUUGACCACCAUAAACACGACUGGAAGCUUCAAUGGUAUGUUUAGCCCUGGGUUUUUCAUAUCAUGGCAAUACUUAUGUCAACAAAUAGUGUAAUUGUGCAUACUAAAGUCCAGUUUUCGACUAUUAAGAUAGUGCUCCUUCUGUAGAUAAUUUUUUUCAGCAAACCAAAGAUCACAAACAAUGAUAUAAACUACAUAGCACCAUCAAUUUAGCUGCAAACUUGGUGUUUCCCCCCCCCCCCCCCGAGUCCUACUGAAACAAUUCCACAGGCAGAUGUGGACACCAGAAACCGAUUACAUGGCUCUACUACCGCCAAAUGCUGUGCUUAUGAUCACCAGUCUGUAUGCUUACUGUCCUAACCGCUGAUUUUUUUGCUUACUGUAAGCAGAGCCAUGAAAUGGAGCCACAUUUACCCUGUCAUAGAAUAAACACAGGCACAUUACUUGCGCAGGAUUCAAACCCUUGACCCUGCAUUCUAGUGCAGAAAUAUUCACCACUAAACCACUUCGUGUGUGUAAUGCAAAAUACAUCAAUUCGUAUCCAGAUGGCUUUUCAUAUUAUUUGUGAACUUUUGUAUUCAAAACCCUUCAAUCAAUUAGAAUAUAUCUUCAACACAGCACAUUUUAAAACUAUAAGAAAAUAUUAUACAAUAAUGUUUCUUAAAAACUGCAACCUUUAAUUUAUGUGUACCCUUGAAUGAAGUAUGAUUAAUACACUAUUUAAUAAUCUUUUUACUGAUAUUUUAUAAUCUACAUAUUUUAUAAGACGAAGUUUAUUUACAAGUGGCAUUUCGGAAAAGUUUUGUAUCAAAUAUAAAACAAAAGUAUGUAUAUAAUCCAACAAAUAUAUACAAAGGUGGUGUACUGUUAUAUCAUUUUAUUUUGAUUUUUUUCUGGAAGUUGUGGUUGAUCAUAAUUGAAAUAGUGAUGCAUAUUUCAUUGACAAAAAUUGUAAAAAUCCUCAAUUUAGAUAUCAAGUUGAUCAUAAUUGAAAUAGUGAUGCAUAUGUGUAUUUCAUCUUAUAAAAUUGUACAAAUCAUCAAUUUAGAUGUAAAGUUCAGAUUAUAUUUUUAAUUACUAAGAUGACAAGUACAUGUAUGUACAAUGUACAUGUAUAUAACCUAAAAAUAUACAAAUGUGAUGAGCAAUGAUGUUAUUUUAUCUUGAUAUUAUUCUGGAAGAUGUGGUUAUCGUAAUUGUGUAAUUUAUGCAUAUUGAAUUUAUAAAAUUUUAAAAAGCAUCAGUUUCGAUGUUAUUUUAUACUCAGUUUAGACUUUAAAUGACUCCGACAACAGACAGUUGAGCUAUGUAACAUGGUUCUGAUAAAUCAUUUGCAUGAGUUUACAAAUGACAAACACCUGUUCCCAAUAAUUGAAUAAAAAGUGUAAUACGUAACUAAUUUUAUCUUCAAUUUUGUUCACUGGAAUGUUUUUAUUUUUGCAUCCUUUGAUUUUUUUUUGAAUUUCAGUUUUGUGCUAAUUAUUUAUAACUUUGCUGCUUGUUGAAUACUGUUCAAAAAUACUAAAGAAAACUUAAGGUAUGCUGGGAAUGUGCUUGUGAAGCUCACUGGGCUCAAUUCAUAGAGCUGCUCAAGCACGAAAGAAACUAAGCACAAAACUACUAUGCUUACCAUAUUCAGGUUACAAGUUAAAAUACCACAUCACAUUUACAAUUUGCUCAGCAGGUAUUGUAAAGCAAUAUUUUAUCUCAAAGCUGCUCUAUGAAAUUUGGCCCAAAUCAUUUUGGUUGAUGUUUCCAAUCAUGUUUAUCUACCAACAAUAGCUGCAUAAUCGACCUUAAUUUGUGCAAAACAUGCGUAACUAGCAUGCUGCUGCAAAUAUUUUUUAUAAAAAAGGUCAUAAGAAUUGUUUUCUUGUUGGUGUACAUGUAGAAUCAAAUGAAAUAAUUCUCAAAUAUCACCAAUCCCACAUCAAAUAUAUCCUAUUGAAACAUGCACUAGAGAUGUAUUUAGAAUGACAUAUGAUAAAAAAUGAGCUCAUGUUGUAAGACAGUAGAGAAACAAAUUGCCAUUUCAGAAUAAUUCUGAACUCCUUUAUAAAAUACCAAUAAACAAGAAAGCUUUCUUUACAGACUUUAAGAAAUGUGCAGUACUACCUUCUCUGUAUGCCAUGUAAAACUUUGUAAUGGAUAAAUAACAAACAAGCUUAAAAUUAUACCUGUUGAACGAGGAACAUUAAAAACAGAGUGAAUUCCUAUGCUACUACACAGGCACGUACUGUUACGUACACAUCUUUAAGAGGGGCUCCAAGGUCAAACUCAGUUUUGUGAUGCACUCAUUUUCCAAUAGAUCGAGUCAAUACCUCCUUUUAGCUAUAUAUUGCAUUCCCAUAAGUAAAUUGGUGCACCCAACACGCGCAGCCAGCGAGUCUUAAUUGGCUUCAACUAUGUCUUUAUCAGCCGGUUAAACACCCCAAUGUAACGAACACCGACCGGGGUACUUAUUAAUAUAAACAAACUUUGACUUGGCAUAAUGAUCCAGGCAGUAUGGCAAAUAACCUUGAAGUGUAUACUGUCACUUUCACUUUAGAAAUACUAGUAAAAAAUUAAACCAUACCGAGUUGUGGCAAGAGGUAGAGAAAUACUAGUCAUAUGGAUUGUAGAACUUUUGGAAGCAUCCCAAACUACUUUCAAGUACUUGAUAUUAAAAAUAUGAUACAAAUUUUUUAAUGUACGAAAAUAUUAAUUUGGACGGAUUAGUAUUGUCAUGAAAAGGUUGAGUACAACUUACAGUACUUGACAUGAUUUGAUUUUUAGAUUGAAGGCUGCUUCUAGAAGAUUGUUAUAACUGAAUCUCACUGAUUGCGCUUAAGCAAUCUUCUUGAUUGGCUUUUUAGUUAGAUGGCUGAGUUAGACUUGACCAGAGAUGCCAACAUUGAAUUUUAAAAAAGAGUAGCAUCUCCCAAAUGUUAAAGGCGAGCGCA